CAGACAGACAGACAGACAGACAGACAGACAGACAGACAGACAGACAGGCAGAUUAGGACAGACAGGCAGACUAGGACAGACAGGCUGAGCGGACUUGAAGAUGACAGAAGUGCCAACGUCAGUCUGCAUGCUUCCAGUCUUCCUUUGCUCUAACUUGACAGCACCAAAACAUUCUGGAACCACACUUCUUCUUCUUGUUGAUUUUCUGCUGACUUUAAGCAGUUUGUCAGACACUUUUCUCCCCCCCCCCCCCCCCCCCCUAAAAGACAGGCGGCAACAAGCUCGGCUGUACAUUUACAAAAUAGCACAUGAGACAAGGCAAUGACUGUCUCCUAGAGAGAAGACACACGGGGGUCGUCAUGGACCUCCUCUUUGAUAUGGAUCCAAUCUUCGCCAGCCGGGGACAUUUUGAACGCUUAAAAGGAUUUUGACUCACAUCCUUGACGCACACACACACACACACACACACACACACACACACACACACACACACACACACACACACACGCACACACACACACUCAGAGAAUCCUCCAUGCAGGAUGUGUGUGUCCAGGCAUCCACCUCGGGUCACGCUGAACUUAAAGCUCCAUUAGGGGUCAGCUGGUGUAACGAUGUUUUCUUCGACCGAGGGCUCACUCUUGAAAGAACCCCAAACGGGGAGAGAUGGGUAGAAAGUUGGCAAGUGAGAUGCGUGUAAAAGCACAAAGACAUGAGAGAAUCUGCAGGAAAGUGCAACAAAGCGUCCAGGGGGUGAGUGAGUUCAUCGUCCGGGGCAACACAACACGGUGACACAAACGCACACACACACGAGAAAAAGAAAGCCUGAAGCCACACGUGCUCCACCAUGAUGGAGAGGAUUAACCCUGAAGAGACCCAGGCCUCCCCACACCUCGGCCCAGGCUCCUCCUCGCCUCCGUGUGAGCCUCACAGUCCGCUUCUGGCAUCUUCCAAAGAUGUCCCCGCCACCCUGAGGACCACCUCAGCCAACGUAACAGACACAGAUACACCGGAGCCGGUCGUCAUGGAGACGGAUGAGUCCCAAGAAGGACCAACGACCAAAUCUCCCACACUCUCCUCCCCACCGCCGCUCCUGGGCCCGCUCCCACCUCCACCUGCAGCCUCCUCAUCCUCACCUCUUCCUCCUCACAUCCCAGUCAUCAGUCUGGCCCACAGCAAGCCCCCGCUACCCCUCCCCAACACGCCUCUGACCACGCUGCACCCGUUCCCCACAAAGCAUCCUCACCUGGAGCUCCGCCGCAGCCAGCUGGCCUGUUUGCCCGCGUCCAGCUCAGGAGGCGGUCCGUCGGCAGCCUCGCCAGAACCGAUGAUGGCUCAGCCGUACCUGCACCUUCAUCCUUUCUUCUCCAGUUCAUACUUGGGUACCUCAGGAGGAAGUUUUGGAGUCAUCACCAGCAGCCGCAUUAAGAGGAGACCUUCGUCACACUUUGAGAUGGAGAUCAAUGAACCAGGUCCUCCUCAGAAAAUCGCUCGCCGCGUCUUCACUAACAGCCGUGAGCGCUGGCGGCAGCAGAACGUGAACGGCGCCUUUUCGGAGCUGAGGAAGCUCAUCCCCACGCAUCCGCCCGACAAGAAGCUGAGCAAGAACGAGAUCCUACGUCUGGCCGUCAAGUACAUCAACUUCCUGGUCACCUUGCUCAGCGACCAGGCCCGGGACACGCGCAAGGACUCAUCUGGGGAGGAGGCGGAGCUCCGGAACAUUGACUCGUCCGGACCCGACGACAAACUGGAAGCACCUUUUCAGUGCGACACCCCUCCCCCGUCCCACAGCUCCUCGCCACCCCCCGCGGCGAGGACCCGCCCAGACCGAGACUCCACGGAAUCGGUCGUGCAGCUCACCGCCUUGUCGGCGAGCUCCGGUUGCGACAGCGACACGAACAGUGAGGACAGCUUUGGGGCAAAGGCCUCUGUGGUGACGCGUGGCAUUCUGGGGGAGGUCAGGGGUCAGAUUAGGAUGGUGGCAGCUACGAGUGAUGAGCGGUGAGGACUAAAGGAGGCAGACCGAGGGAAAAUGUCCGACAGGAUGCAAUACCAAAGAGACUGAUUGUUGUGUCUGUAUAUCUAAACAUCGCCCACAAAAACAAUGGACUAUUGCUAAUUAGCAUAGCCACGCCCCUUUUCUUUGGCCAACAACUAGUGAAGGCUGUUGUUUGUAUCGGUACAUCCAUUGACAGCAACACAGAGGAACACGCUUAUGUUGACAGCUCAACAAGCCUUGUUUACAGUGUUCUUAUUAAAAAGUCAGCCACUUUUGUCAACGUCAAAUUCUUCCACCGAAAGCGGUCGUUUCUUGAAAAAAUUUGGUCCGUUUAGGACUUUAGGUCAAUCCUUUGUACAAACCUCAAAACCAGUGAAGUUGGCACAUUGUGUAAUU